CUAACCAGACAAACUUGAAGAGGGACAUCAUGGAAGCCCCUAUUGUAUGCUUGGAUGAGGAGUUUGAAGAUCUCCGAUCUUAUCGGUUGGAUGAUCUUGACCAUCUGAGUUGCCCCUCUUACGCCACCACCACCACUUCUACAAUCCCUCUGGGCUCCAUCACUCGCGAGGACUUCUCAGAGCUGGAAAACUUUUCAGAAAUGAUAAGUUUCAAGUCAAUGGAGGACCUAGUCAACGAGUUUGAUGAGAAGCUCAACGUCUGCUUCCACAACUACAACACCAAGACUGAAGGCCUGGCACCCAUACGUAACCAGUGCCACAACAAGGAGGAUGAGGAGCGGCUGCAGGAUGAAGAUGUGUGGGACGCCCUGACUGACAACUACAUCUCCACGUGGGAAGGCCCAAACUUUCAGGGACGCAACGGCAACCUUUCUGACCAGGAGAUUCAUGAAAAAGAUGAGGAGGAGAUGAAUGAGAAGAAUGAGAAUGCCAACAGCCUGAAUGAGGAGCCUCUCAUCACGGCAGAUCAGGUAAUUGAGGAGAUAGUUGAGAUGAUGGAGAAUUCACCAGAUCCUGAUGAAACCGAAGAGGAAGAUGAAGAGGAGAGCAGUCAUUGCUCCUCCAGGACCAACCCCUCCCUGCUGGAGGAAAUCAGGCAGUUGUCACAGGCCUCCAACAAUAACUGUUCGUAUGAAGGCCUGAGUCUGAUGCCCAGCUCAGGGCUCAUUGAGCUGCUACACAGGGUGGAGGCUACCAUCUGUCAAUACUCUGAGGAGCUGGUCAACCAGUUGGCCCGUAGAGACGAAUUGGAAUUUGAGAAAGAAGUGAAGAACACAUUCAUUACAGCACUGAUGGAGGUUCAGAACCGGCAGAAAGAGCUGCGAGACAGCAGCAAACGCAGGCGCCGAGACAAAGCCCUGAGUCUGCAGGGAGCGGGGACAGCGUCCACAAAUGGAGGGAAUGCAGCCUCUACUGUGCGCACAGAGAAGACCGGCAUGCCUGUCAAGCGUUUUAGCAUGGAGGGCCUGUCCAACAUCCUGCAGACGAGCAUCAGACAGACAUUUGGAAGUACAGGGAAUGAGAAGCAG